UUAUGUUUACACCUGACACAGCAGGACAGCAGCCAUACCUGAAGUAAACUGACAGAGAUGGCGUAUUCCACCAGCACUCUUGCUGCUGGCUGCUUUGGGAAGAUAUACAGGGAGAAGUACAAUGACACCUGGGCUGCAAUCAAGAAGGUGCCACAACACUUAAUCAAUUGGAGAGACCUGGAGAGAGAGUGUCAAGUAUACAAUAAGGCAAUUCAUCCUAACAUAGUGAAGCUUCUGGGUAAUCCAACACUCAAGGACUCUAAGUGGAUCAUCCCCAUGGAGUUCAUCUUUGGAGAGGAACUGGAGACAACCAUCUUCAAAUCACAAACAUCUAAAAUACAGUUGACUCCAUCUAUAAAGGCCACCAUCAUCACAGGCAUGUGUGAAGGACUACUUUAUCUACACAGCAAAGAUAUUGUCCAUCAGGACCUCAAGCCUGACAACAUCAUGGUAGAGCAUGACACUCACAGAGCUGUGAUCAUUGAUAUGGGACUGGCCAAAUUCUUCUGCAAUGGCCUAAAUUCUGCUAUGGAUUCGGGCAACGAGGCCUACUCUCCCCCUGAGAUCCUGCAGAGGCGGGGCCAACGAGACCAGCGUUCGGACGUGUGGGCAAUGGGUAAAAUCAUUGCUGAACUCUGUGCCAGAGUCAGGCUGCACACCCCCAGUGUCUGUCCAAAUAAGAUCCAGGAGACCCUCAGUCUCCAAGGCCAGCAGUACUGUAACGCUGUCUGUAGAAUGGUGCAGAGAGACCCCACAGUGCGGGCCACCAUGGCCGGAAUCAUGCCGGAGAUACAAAGGGCAGGGGUAGAUGGCGGUGGCGGCAACACCGGGGGGCAAAAAAGAGGACCUCUUCUGACACCCUUUCCUCAUACUCAGGUAAAAAACACAUUGCUACGUCCUCAAGCUCCUGUACAGCGUUCACCAUCUCCAUCGAGAUUUGAGCGCAAUGCUUUACCAAUGCCUGAGGUCAAGACGCUAGUGCGAGCUCCUGUGCAAGCGGCUUCUCCAUCAAGAUGGGAGCGGGCAGCCUUACCAACGCCUGAGGUCAAGAACUCACCAUCUCCCCUUUCAAAGGUAGACCAGGUUACUGCUCUGGUUCCAUCAGGCAUAACUCAACCCAGUCAAGAUGUCAUGAAACAGCUUCUCUACAAAGAGGCAUCGAGGGGUCUCCCAUUCUCACUCCCCACGACGGGAAAUGUGCGAAUCCGCCGCUAUGAGGAAAGGAAUGGGGAAGUUGAGACUUGGGAGCAAAAGGAGGUGGUGACCGAAAGAGGGAGGAUAGUCAAGUUUGAGGAUAUGAUGUUUAACAACAAGUCGUAAGAAGGUUAUUGAGAGAUGUGAAAUAGUUGGGAGUUGAUUUGACUCUGCUUUUCCAGAGCGUGGGCCACACCCCAUCCAUCCUUCAAUGUAAAAGUCUGACAUGUUUCUGAAAAAGGCAAAAGACUGUAUUUGGGACGGGGGAUAAUCUAAUGGAAUAAUUCUAAUGUCCAGUGAAACUAUACUAUGUAACAAUACAUUUACGCAUUUUCUUACUACGGUAGACUAAAUGUAUAUACUGUAUGAAUAUAUAUAUAUAUAUCAACAACAAUAAAACAUUGUAUUGCACUGUUAUGAAUGAAACCUAAGGUUGAGUAAGUGUAGCGUGGUUCGUUCUGCGUUGUGUAAUUUUAAUUAGGACGCUGGCACACUUGACGGUCUGCUCGCUGAAAUCUUUUUAUUUGCCCUGCACACGAAGAGACAACACACAUGUUACCCUUGGCGCAGUCACAGCUCUCGGGCACCUUGCUAGCCGAAGGUCAAGCAAAAGAGCGCCAAAAGGAAUUAACAGGUGCUGUGUGCACACACUCGCUGCACAACAGCACACCAUACAAGUAAAACUAUACAGAACAUAAUUCUGACAAAAUAAAAGACAUACCUGCACACAAAGAGACAACACACAUGUUACCCUUGGCGCAGUCACAGCUCUCGGGCACCUGUGCGAGCACAUGGACACUCACUCAACCACUGUCACAAGUACUCACAAGUUACAACAGAUACCCCAGUCAGUGAACUCUGUGAAACUUGUUAACAUAAGUUCCUACAAUGUCCACACUAUAACAAACUU